UGCUCCAGCGCAGCCAUGACUUGCUCGGCGUCAGAUAGCGAGAAGAUCGUGAUCAACUGCGGCGGGAUCCGACACGAGACCUACCGGAGCACCCUGAAGACGCUGCCGGGCACGCGCCUCUCCUGGCUCACGGAACCCGACGCGUACAGCAACUUCGACUACGACCCCAAGUCUGACGAGUUCUUUUUCGACCGCCACCCGGCCACCUUCGCCUUCAUACUCAACUACUACCGCACCGGGAAGCUCCACUGCCCCAACGAUGUCUGCGGGCCGCUCUUCGAGGAGGAGCUGGCCUUCUGGGGCAUCGACGAGACGGACGUGGAGGCGUGCUGCUGGAUGAACUACCGGCAGCAUCGCGAUGCAGAGGAAGCCCUGGACAGCUUCGAGCAGCCCGAGCCGGACGCGCCCGAGGAUGACCCGGCGCUCACCGGCGGGGCGGACGGAGACCUGAAGCGGCUGUGCAUGCAGGAGGACGGCCGCAGGGCCACCAGGUGGGCGGUGGUGCGGCCCUUCAUGUGGGCGCUGUUCGAGGACCCCUACUCCUCCAAAUACGCACGGUAUGUGGCGUUUGGCUCGCUCUUCUUCAUCCUCCUCUCCAUCUCCACCUUCUGCCUGGAGACCCACGAAGCCUUCAACACCAUCUACAACAAAACAGAGAACGUCACCGUUGGCAACGUGACGCACGAGGAGAUAGUGUAUGAGGUAGUCACAGAUGGCUGGCUGACAUACGUGGAGGGCGUAUGCGUCAUAUGGUUCACCAUUGAAGUGAUGGCGCGAGUCGUCUUCUGCCCUGACAAGGCGGAGUUCUUCCGCAGCGCCCUCAACAUCAUUGACUUUGUGGCUAUCGUGCCCUUUUAUCUGGAGGUGGCACUGAGCGGCCUCUCUUCCAAAACAGCCAAAGACGUGCUGAGCUUCCUGCGCGUGGUGCGCUUUGUCCGUAUCCUGCGUAUCUUCAAGCUGACCCGCCACUUUGUUGGUUUGCGGGUUCUGGGCCAUACUCUGCGGGCGAGCACCAACGAGUUCCUGCUGCUAAUUAUCUUCUUGGCGCUGGGCGUCCUCAUCUUUGCAACCAUGAUCUACUAUGCCGAAAGAAUUGGUGCAGAUCCAGACGAUCCGACGGCUGCGGCCCACACCAACUUCAAGAACAUCCCCAUCGGGUUCUGGUGGGCUGUGGUGACCAUGACCACGCUGGGCUACGGGGACAUGUACCCUGAGACAUGGUCUGGAAUGCUGGUGGGAGCCCUCUGCGCCUUGGCUGGUGUGCUGACCAUUGCCAUGCCUGUGCCUGUCAUCGUCAACAACUUCGGCAUGUACUACUCCCUGGCCAUGGCCAAGCAGAAGCUCCCCAAGAAGAGGAACAAGCACAUCCCUCGAGCGCCCCAGCCUGGCAGCCCCAACUACUGCAAGCCAGACGCACUGGCCAUGGCAACCGCCUCGCCGCACAGGCUGAUGGGCAAUGUGCUCGGGCCGGGCAUGGUAGGAUCUGGCAGCAUGAUGGGUACUGGAGACUGCCCAUUGGCCCAGGAAGAGAUCAUUGAGAUCAACAGGGCAGAUUCCAAGCAGAAUGGCGAUGCGGCGGCUAAUGCAGCGCUGGCCAACGAAGACUGCCCCACUAUCGACCAGGUCCUCGGGGACGAGCGGAGCCCGGCCACGGGGGGCCUAGGCUCCACCACCAGCCGCGAGCGCUACCCGCACGACCGGGCCUGCUUCCUGCUGAGCGCUGGGGAGUUCCAGCGCACGACGGACGGGAACGUUCGCAAAGGUUGUGACAGGUCAUGCGUUUCCACGGGUUAUGAGAAGUCUCGCAGCCUCAAUAAUAUCUCCGGGAUGACGGGCGCCCCACUGCGCCUCACCCCCAUCACCAACUCCACCUUUGAGCCUUUUGAGCCGCCUGGCCUCAGGCGAUGCCACUCCCCCAUCCCCUCCAUCUUGUAG